GGGCCCGCGGCCGGUGCGGCAGCGCCCGCCCGGGGCUCCGGGCACGGUUCGGCCCCGCGGGGCGGGGGCGGGGGCGACCGGCGCCCUGCCAUUGGCUGUCCCGCCGGGGCGGCCGCUGGGAGGAGUUUUGAUUGGCCCGCGGCGGGCGAGCUGCUCGCUGAUUGGCUGCGGGGAUUCGUGACGAGUGAGGGCGGGGAGGUGGUCCUUGUGUCCGUCUGUCUGUUCUUCCGCAGUGUGUCUGCACUCCGCUCCCCCUGCCUGGUGCCGGGCCCGUGGGACACCCCUCGCUGCCCCGUGACCCGCUCCCGGUGUUCCCUUCUCCCCGGUGCCUCAUCAGAGUGAGCGGAGCGUGCGCAAUGUUUUGGAGCCCCUCAGUCAAGGGUCGUCGUAAUCAUGGUUGACUCCACUGCUUUAAUCACAGAUAAUUACGUGAUGCUCUGCUCGUCCCUGUGCGGUGUCAGGAAAUGGACUGGGACCAAUUUGACUUGAACCCUAGAACAGUUGCUGCCUUGAAGAAAGCUGACAUCAAAUCAGUAAAAGAGAUUUUAAACCUUUCUGGAGCAGACUUGCAAAGAUUGAUGAAGCUCUCCAGUGCAGACAUACAGUGCCUGCUGAAAACAGUCUCUCGCACACUGAGGAGGAACAGCCUGGUCACAGCACUUCAGCUCUACCAAGAUAAUGAUCAUCUCACCUCCCAACGCCAGAAGCUGAGCCUGGGAUGUUCAGUGCUGGAUAACUUGUUAAAAGGUGGCAUUCCUUUAGUGGGAAUCACAGAGCUUGCUGGGGAAAGUUCUGCUGGGAAGACUCAGAUUAGUUUACAGCUGUGCCUGUGUGUGCAGUAUCCUUACAAAUAUGGUGGAUUAGAGUCUGGAGCUGUCUACAUUUGCACAGAAGAUGCAUUCCCAAGUAAACGUUUGCAGCAACUCAUAGGCCAACAACAUAAGCUGCGUGCAGAUGUUCCAGCUGAAAUCAUACAGAAGAUCAAAUUUGGAAACAGUAUUUUUGUUGAGCAUGCAGCAGACCUAGACACCUUCCACAAGUGCAUCACGACGAGGCUUUCCCUGCUGCUGGCGAGGGGGAUGGUGAGGCUGGUGGUCAUUGACUCCAUUGCCGCCUUGUUCCGCUGCGAGUUCGGGGCGUCGGAGUCCGUCAUGAAGGCUCGGUAUCUGCAGACCUUUGGAGCACAGCUUCACAGCUUAAGCACAAGAUUCAGGACUCCAAUAAUGUGCAUUAAUCAGGUGACAGAUGCAGUGAGCGAGUUGGAAGCUGCUCAGUGCAGUUGUAGGGUAGUGGGUAACAGAGUUGUUCCAGCACUUGGAAUAACCUGGGCAAAUCAGCUGCUGAUGAGACUGAUGGCCAGCCGGAUAUCCCUGCCUGGACAAGCAUCUGGAGUGGCAUCACCCUGCACUGGAAGUGUGAGGACUUUAAGGGUAGUUUUUGCUCCUCAUCUCCCUCCAUCCUCUUGCUACUAUACAGUACAGUUGGAAGGUGUAAAAGGGAUAAAAUAACUCCUUUGCAUAGUGAAGUAUUCUGCUCCAAAAAAACGUAUCAGAACUACGCCUCAGGAAGAAUUACUAGUAAAAUGCAAUUCCUCCUAGAUGAGAGAAGUGGAUGGUCAAGUACAUGAACAAUGGUAUGACUGCAUUUAGCCUUGUCUGCACUGUGAAAGAUGUUUUUACACUUGGAUAUUUGUCUUGUCCUCGUGAGAGAAGUGUUCUGGAGGAGGGAAGCUGUGGGCAGGUGGAGGCUGCACAGUGAAGUGGGAUGUGGCAAUCCCCAUGUUGGGGGACACCUGAUGUCUAAUUUUAUUUUAAUAGCAUACUAAUCUAGAACUAGCAUUUACUGCAGUUGUGUACCCUGUUUCCAGACCCAAAGGGACUCAACUUCAAUCAGUUAAUGUUGCCUGCUGGUGGUUCUGGGCCUCAUGCUGCCAUUAAGGAUAGCUGUCCUUUGAAAUAACACAAGGCAGCUUUGUCACAAAGCAGCUCUCCUAUUUUAAAACCACUUGUUAUUAAUAUUUGGAUUUUAAAAAAUACAAAACCAGAAACGUACUUGAUUUUAACACCUUACUGUAAGAUUUAAAAUUGUACUGCCUUUGUACUAGAUGGGUAUGUUCAGCUUCAUAGCACUUCUACAAUUUUUUUCUAAUGCUUCAUUUCUACUCUUUUCAUGCUUUCCUGUCCCCCUCCCUUCAUAGCAAAAGCCUCUCUAGCCUCUUUCAUUUGAAAAAUACUGAACCACACCCCCCAUCCCCUUGCUCUGUGGUUACAAAGCUCAGGUCUUUUUGGCCAGGGUACACUACAUUAGUGAAACAGAGACCUCCUCUACCUUUUCCAAGCCAUCCUCUUUCAGGAUAAAUGCAGCCAUCCUUUCACGUGGAAGCACACAGCUGGGCAGCAGAAAGGAGCAGUUGUCUGGCUGUACGACUUCUCAGGGGACAACUCUGACUCAAGGAAAAGAGACCCGGUGUGACUGCCUUGGGAAGUUCCAGAGAACAGGAACAAUCACAGCUUGAAGCUGAAGGAAGGAAACUGAGCAAGCAGAAAGGAUGAGUUGCUUUCAGUGCUUCUGCAACCCCUUCAGGUAUCUCAGGGGACCUUGUGCAAAUAGCACAAGUUUUCUCUAAAUUGCUUUUCUAAAGCAUCUUAAUUCUCUGUAUUUGGAAAUGACUGUGCUUGAUGGUGUUUUUAAUAAAAUCCAACCAUGAACU